AAUCGUUGGACAAUUUGGUACACAAGUUAGUUGGGCGGCAAGCUAAGAAAAUUUUCUUGAAACAGAAAGAAAAGGAUUCCUCAAAGAUGAAGCAGUUGUCUGUAGCUAAUUAUUGUUCUCCUAAUGGUAAGCAUGACACCCCAAUAGUAAUGAAGAUAAGAUUAGGAAAAUGUUCCAAGAGAUGCAAGACACCAUUAAAAAAUCGACAAAAGGCUAAAAACAAAUUACCAAAAUCUGAAGUUACCAGUUGUUCAAAAUUAACAGAAUGGCUUGCAAAAUCCUCAAAAGAAACAGUGAACAAAAGUGAUAAUAUAAGCUGCAAUUUUAAGGAGAAUAAUGAAAUAAAUAAUAAGCAAGGAAUUGAUGCAAAUAUGGAGAAAGAACGUUAUGAAAAUUACCUCAGAUAUGGUAUCAGAAUGCCUACUUAUGGAGAGAUUGUUAAGUUUCAAGAGAGAAAUAGAGCUUACAAAGAAUUAAUAGAUAAUGUCAAAUUUGAAGAACUAGUACAAAACAAAGUUUCUCCCAUCAAACUUGAAUCUAACAAAGAAGCUGUUAUUUCUUUAAAUUGUAUGUCUCUAACACCAUCAAAAAUACAGGAAAUGUUUUAUAACAACUUGAAAUAUGCAAAGGAAAUAUUUAAUGGAACAAUCUACAGUGAAAGGCAUGAAAAGUUUAAAAGACAAAAUCUUAAAGAUAAUUACACAGACAAGGACCUAAGAUAUAGUCCUAGUAUGAGUGUAUUCACAGUUGACCAGAAAAAUAUACUUUUGUCCCUCCUACAUGAUGAAUUUGAUGAUGAAAACCCUUUUCGUCUAAAUCAAUAUUAUUUUAAAGUGUUAUUGCCAGAACUAUGUCUCAAAAUCUUUAUGGAUGUUUAUAAAAUGAAGAAAAGGGCUGCUUUACUAUAUUUAGAAAAUAUGCCAGUGGAAGAUGACUAAGACAUCUAUGUUAAAAUUACAACACAAAGGGAUGAAAUGGAAGUAAAUACCGACUGUUUUCCCGUAGUAAAGGAAGAAAUGGAAGCUCCUGAUAAUCAUUUGCAUUCGUUUUCAAAUUAUGUUGAUAAAGACCGGACUCCCUAUGAAAAUAAAAUUCUCACCUCUUUCGAAGGUAAGUCGUACAGUGAAAAAAUUCAUGAAUCAUACGACAAUAAAUCUCACACCACUUACGAAGGUGAACCUCAAAGACUUUAUGAAGCCAAAAAAUUAGAAAACAUUAGCAAACCAACUCCAGUAAACGUUCCCAAGCCCUUGAAUGGAAAAGAGCAAUUAACUUGCAGUCCUGAUUUUGUACAAGAACUUGCCAUUCUAACAGAAUUGAGUCAACAGUUGCAGCAGAAAGAUAAAGUUCAUCACGUCAGAAAUAGUGAAUUGCAUCUUAGACCCAAUCAGCAGAGUACAAGUAAUGAAAUACUCAAUUUAAGGAACGAAAGACAUAGUGAAAAUCAUGAAUUAAAUAAUGAAAACAUUGAAAGCCAUCCUUUAAACAGUAAUCAAACUCCAGUGGACUCUGAACUUGUAAAAUCUGAUGUGAGGAACUGCAGAAAGAAAUUUGAAUGUGAAGAUUGUCAUAAGAAUUUCCCUUCAAAAAUAAAGCUUCAUGUUCAUGUGAAAGCACAUUCAGAAGAGGAGAAGUUGCAAUGUGACGUUUGCCAAAUGAGAUUUGCACAUAAAACAGGUUACACAAGGCAUAUAAGGUCACAUAAUAAGAGCAACUCUUCCACCUGUACAGAUGAUGGACUGUUGCACAAUCGAAGUACAUUUCCUGGUACUUAUAACUCUAUUUACAAUAACUAUAAUUCAGUGUAUAGUGGUUAUAAUACUCCUUACGGUGGUGAUAAUCCAGUUCCAAACAGUGACAAUUGGUCCCAGUGUGACAUUUGUAAAACUGUUUUCAUAUCAAAAUUGGAAUUCAACAAACACAAAAGAACCCAUUUCCAACCAAAGGAAAGACUUUUCAAGUGUGGUGAAUGUCAGAAGAGCUUUGUAAGUCGUUCCAGUUUAAGCACACACGAAAAGAGCCACAGGAGUGAGAGAAAUUUUAAAUGUGAAGACUGCGGAAUCUCGUUUCAUAGAAAGUAUUUUCUAAGACAACAUUCGAAAAUCCACUCUGGUAAAAAGAUCUAUACAUGUCCUGAAUGCUGUCACAACUUUACCACAAAGUUAGCUCUAAAUGUUCACACUAGAAUACAUACCGGAGAGAAGCCAUAUGAAUGUAAUUACUGUGGAAAGUCCUUCACUUGUAAAUUUUACUUGGACACCCAUAUCAGAACACACACAGGUGAGAAACCUUUCAAGUGUGAAAUUUGCGAGAAAUGUUUUUCGCAGAAGUCAACACUCAACACUCACAAAAGACUACAUGCCAGGUACAACAACACUGACACUGAAAGUCAGUAAUUUCAAUGUCUUUUUUUUAAACACUGAACACUAAAUAAAUACUCUGUAUAAAAGGUGAACAGAAAAAUGAGAUUGUAACGUUUUUAUUAGAUUAGUGUUCAAUGUUUUUUUUUUUAUAAUAUUUUGAAGCCCUAAUAUACAUAUUUAAAAUUAUUAUUUAUAUAGUAUGAUGUAAGUUAAUCUUUUCCUUUUUUUUUGUAAGAUUUAUUUUAUUGAAUCUCAUUUAUUGAUUCUGAUUAUUUAAGUCAUAUUUGGGUAAUAAGGGGUAAACUUCCCCUAAAUUUUCAGGUCUGUUGCUGAUUUAUUCCCUAAAUUAAUAUACCUUAAGUUCUGCUUUUUUUCAAAUAAAACACUCCAAAUUAAUUAAACAGAUAGAUGAUAUAACAAAAAUUAUUCUUUCAAUAAUUCAGUUAAUAAUACAGAAUUUGUUUUUGUAAGUUUUGUUUAAUGGGCAGUUAAACUUGAGUUUCCAAUUGUGAUAUAAUAGAAAAUAAAAUCAAGAUAACUAAAGUUUGUAACUUUUACUGGCUGGUGCCUAUCUAAUAUUUUGGUGGGAGUAAUAAUUACCAGGGAUAUAAGAUUUUAAAAUUUGGAGCAGAUUAUCCUUUUUUACCCGACAAUGUCUUCUGUUUCUCAUAAACUUUUUGUAAUUUAUUCGUUACUCUAAAGAAAACAAUGAUUAGCGUGUUAAAUGUCUCGUUUUAUUUUUGUAUUUAUUUAUACUUGGUGUUAAUAUUAAGUAAUGUAUGUGAACUGAAACUUUUUAUUCGAAAUUAUAGGAUUCGCGUUAUAAUUAUUGUUAAUCUAAAGUUGUAGUGUGUAUCAUGUGGAAAAUUGCGCACAGAACAGUAUAUGUUACAAGUAUUUAGAAAGUAUAUUUUGGCUUAAAAAUCACAUAAAGUUGUGACUUUUGGUAGUGCAAAUGAAAUCAAGCUUUAAAUAUGCAGUUGUACAUCCUAGAUAGUAAAUAAUACAUUUGUGUAACUUUGUUAAACAAAUUAUUUGUUUAAAUUAAGUUUGUAAUAGUGUAAAUAGUUUCAAUACACUUAUACAUAUAACUCUUUUUUGUAUGUACCAUAUUUUUAUUUCAAGUCUCUUCCUGCUCAUGGAAAAGGAAGCAAUUUAUUUCUGUAAUACUUGUCUGCUAAAAGUUGUUUAUGAAACUAUAAAGCAAACAAAUCAUAAAAAAAGAUUGUAGUAUACCUAAUUAAGUUUCAGAACGUGCCAUUUAUAAAUAUCAUUGUUUCUAGAUAUCUUUUUUAUUUUCUAUACGUUUUUGUA